AUGGCCAGUAUAAUCGGACUCUCUGGCCCGUCGUCAUCCGGCAAAACUACUCUCACGAGACUUUUACAACGCAUCUUUAACUCCUCCUCGUCUUCUUCCUCGUCGGACGUACCUGGUUCUAAUUCUACUUCCGAUUCUGAUCACGAACGUUCUCCCCUUCGGACUUUCAUUAUUCAUGAAGAUGAUUUCUAUCAUUCUGAUGAUCGAAUCCCAAUAACAACCCUCCCCUCGGGCCAAACAAUCCAAGACUGGGACUGCGCCGGUGCAAUCGACAUCCCGUUUCUCCGGGCAUCGCUAGCCCACGUCCGCGCGACGGGGUCCCUGCCACCGAGACUACUCAGCAAGGAGGAUUUGAAUGAAGUUACGGAUUCGGGGGUCCCCGAGGAGGUGGUACUUCGAUUGCGAGGGGAUGUGCAGAGGAGAUUACAGAAGCAGAUGAAGGGGAAGGGGAAGGAUGAUGAUGAGGGGGCAGCAAGGACUCGCGUGGUGGCGUUCCUGGAGGGGUUUUUGUUAUUUGCCCCCACGCCGUCGGUGUCUUCGUCACCAUCGUUGUCACCGUCGAGAAAGGAGGACGACGAGGGUCACCGCCAUCCCCUACGAUCCGUGCACGAAUUACUAUCCGUCCGAUUAUUCCUCCCCGCGCCCUACGACAAGGUCAAAAAGAGACGGGAGAGUCGCAGUGGAUAUGUGACGAUUGGACCGGCGCCGACGCCGACCCCCACAUCUUCCACCACCACAGGUUCAACCACGGAGGGAAACUCCGAAGAAGAAGAAGUGGAUAUACACGCAGAAGAUGAUCGGCCACCGCAGAACUUCUGGACCGAUCCGCCCGGUUAUGUGGAUGAUAUUGUAUGGCCGCGGUAUGUGCAGGAUCAUGCGUGGUUGUUGUUACCAGAGAAGACAUCCGGACAGGAAGGGACGAGUUGUCGUGGGGUUGAUCCCCAGGAGGCGGUGAAGCUGGUGGGACAAGGUGUUAAUGUGAGGACUGAUGCUGGAGUUACGGUGGCUCCGGGUCAGGGAGAGUUGCCGAUGGUGGAUAUCCUGCAGUGGGCGGUAGAGGAGGUGAUGAAAUACUUAGAAGGGACCCAAUGA